AUGGAGGCUGCCUAUGGCUCUGCGCAGCUUCAGCCGAAGACAGUGCCAGGGAGAUGGCGAAUAAACCGAGUGGCAAUGCUGGAGGCUGUCCUUGUUCCCUGGGCAAUCUUUCUUUGCGUUUCCUGGCUCCUGACAUUCUCUGUCCAUUACAAGCACACCGUGCCAAUGUGGGUGCUUGUCGUAGCGUGCUUGAUCGUUCCGGUGGGCAUGUGGUACAGAGUCUGGCACCAGCGGCAAGAUUCCAAAGACAUCUCACACCGAGAGCCAAACUGGUUCUUCUUCCUUGCCGUCGUGUGUACGCUGGCGUGGCUCGCUGGUGUGGUUCUUGGGCUUUACACCUGGUCUUCUUACAUGCAGCCGUACUUUGAGGCCGAGAGCCUUGCGAUGAUCACCAAUGUAGACACCCGGAAAGCCUCAGGCGGGCAGUUCUUGGACAUGGGCGCCCUGGAGUUCGCCCCGAACACGGAUGUCGACGAGAGCUUAACCAUGGGUUACAAGGAUGGCAAUCUCUACUGCGUGGCCCCGAUCGCUACAUCAGGUGGCGUCAACUCGACACCCCCUGCUUUCUACGAGUUCUGGGCAGUGGGCGUGAACUGCUGCAACCCUUUCGAGCCGAAGCUGUUUGCUUGCGGUGAGCCCAAUGAUGACCAGGUUCGCGGCGGAUUUCGGCUGACGGACACGUCACUGGUUCCGCAGUACAGGAAGGCGAUCCAGAUGGCGCAGGAAGAGUAUCACAUCAGGAGUGGCCAAAGCCCGAUCUUCCUGCACUGGACGGGUGACCCUGUGGAGAAGACCGAGGGGCAGUACAGGAAGGGCGAGUCUACCUUUUGGAGAUUUUGCUGGGUCUAUUUGGGUGUCUCAGCUGUGCUUGCGCUGAUUGAAGUGGCCACUCGAAAGUACAGCUGA